AUGGAUACAAAAGGUGGUCAAAAUAUAUCGGCAAGCAAUCUAGCAUCUAAAGCCCUACUAGAAGAAAAUUCUGUUGUCUAUAUUGCAAUUAAAGGCUCUUUACAUGCACAUGAUUGUUCUGCAUUUGGUUUAGGACUGGAAGAAAUAAAGGCAUUGACAAAAAAAUAUCCAGGUUCAGGUGUUGUAGUAAAUGGUGUUGCUAUUAAAACUAAUGUGUUGGAUGCUUUAAAUUCUCUAAGUCAAUUGGGAUAUAGAAUUAUCUCAAGCACUGGCGAGACAGAGAUCACAUGGACCAUGCAACGUGAAAUAUAG